CAGUGAUGUGUUCCGUCAGAGCAAAGAGAAUGAAUCGACAAACAUAAUUCUGUGGGGCGGACUGCUAGCCGCAGAUAGUAAGGCUGUAGCCAUACUACACCAGCACUGGAGUGCUAUUACACCGUCAAAGGAGCCAUGCAGCUUCAGUCUGCCUCCAACUGCAAGGUUUCAGGUUUCAUUCUGAGUGAGAGAUGCACCUGGACAGCUAAGAUGGAAAUCCACCGUGAGCAAAGUAUCUGUCAGGCAAGAGCCGCUGUCAUGGUGUAUGACGAUGCCAAUAAGAAGUGGGUUCCUGCUGGUGGUUCCACAGGCUUCAGCAGAGUUCACAUCUACCACCACACAGGAAACAAUGCCUUCCGUGUGGUAGGCCGCAAAAUACAGGACCAUCAGGUGGUAAUAAACUGUGCCAUUCCCAAGGGGCUGAAGUACAACCAGGCCACACAGACCUUCCACCAAUGGCGUGAUGCCCGGCAGGUGUAUGGCCUUAACUUUGGUAGCAAAGAGGACGCUAAUGUAUUUGCCAGUGCCAUGAUGCAUGCCCUGGAAGUGCUGAACUCUCAGGAUGCAGGUCCAACAUUGCCUCGACAAAGCCCUCAGGUUCAGAAUGGCCCUUCACCAGAGGACCUACAGAUGCAGAGAAGGCAGCAGCAAGACCUUCAGCGCCAGAAGGAUCAGGAACGGGAACAGGAGCGUGAGUUGCAGGAGCGAGAUCGUCUGGAGCAAGAACGGCAAGAACGAGAACGUUUAGAGCGGGACAGGGUGGAUAGGGAGCAGUUACAACAUGAACGUGCAGAGCGUCAGCGCCAGGAACGGCAAGAGCAAGAGCGUCAGGAACAAGACCAGCUGGAGCGUGAGCGGCUGGAGAAAGAAUUGAUAGAGCAAGAGAGGAUGGAAAGGGAGAAGCAAGACAGGGAGCAGGAGCAGUUGGACAAAGAACACAUGGACUGGGAAAGAGGCAGGCGCAUGUCUAAUGCUGCAUUUGAAAGCACCCUCUACACUCCUCCACCACCUGAUUACUCCAAGACUACUUCCUCCUCCUCACCUGUCUCUUCUUCCACUCCUAGCUACCCUCCCCCCACAUCCUUGACUUCCUGUUCAACGCCUCCCACCCCUCCACUCCGUCAUUCUGCCUCCCGGUUUGCCACCUCACUGGGUUCUGCUUUCCACCCAGUCCUGCCACAUUAUGCCACGGUUCCCCGAAAACAGCCAACCCUGGCUGCUUCCCCAGCCACACACUCUCUCCCAGCUUCUGUCCCUGCCCCUCCAGCUGCACAGAAGUCCAUUGUCUGGUCAGCUACUAACUUUAGUCCCCUUCCCCCAUCUCCUCCAGUCAUGAUCAGUAGUCCACCAGGAAAAGCCACAGGUCCACGGCCAGUCAUUGCCAUUCCAGCCCCUGGCUCUCUCAUGCAGAAGCCUCCAUCACCUACACCACCCAAUGGCCAGCCAGCAUCACCUAAACUCCACACAACCUCACCUAAGCUCCAUGCACCCUCACCAAUAUUAGCGCAACCCCCACCAUCGGCCUGUACUCCCCCACCCCCACCCCCCCUCCCCUUCUCUCCAUGCCAUCCAUCCCCACCCAUACCCACCUCACCUCAUGUGUCCUCUCCCUCACCCCUGCCUGCUAUUGUCCCCUCUCCUUCCGCAGCCUCCCCUGCCUCUGCUGAACUCUCUGUAAACUCUGUGCUUGGAGACUCCUGCUCCACUCCUCCAGACCUGCCGGCCUGUCCACCUGCUGAUGUUCCCUGUCAGCCGGAUGCAGUGCAGUGUCUUGGUCUACCCACACCUCCUCCUCCACCACCCCUUCCUCCAGGUUCCAAUGUAAUCCCUGCCGCCACUGGACCUCCACCUCAAUUAGGCCCCCCUGCUCCUCCCCCUCCUCCCCUCCCUCCUAUACUCACUCCAUUGGCCCCACCUCCUCCUGGUUCUUUUCAACAUGCCUCUGGACAUGGACCUAUCCCCACUCCUCCCCCACCUCCAGCCCCACCCCUGCCUAGUGGUCUGUUCACAAUCUCACCCACAUUGGAAGACAACCGGCCCUUGUCUGGCUUGGCGGCUGCCAUUGCUGGAGCAAAACUGCGGAAAGUGCCAAGGAGUGAUGAGGCCUCAGGUGCAGGUGGAGGAGCUGUAGUAGGUGCGGGUGGUGUUAAAGCAGAGGCUGCCCGAGGCAAUGGACCACUUCCUGGGGGAGGAGGUCUGAUGGAGGAAAUGAGUGCUCUAUUAGCUCGGAGAAGAAGAAUUGCGGAAAAGGGAUCAUCACCUGAGCCAGAGCAGAGAACAGAUGAACCUGAGACUGCAACUCCAAAACUUCCUGCAUGUAGCACUCCAGAGAUGCCACGAAAACCUUGGGAGAGGACAAACACUAUGAAUGGUAGCAAAUCACCAGUCAUCGGAAGGCCCAAAUCUACACCCACACCCACAGGAUCCUUAAGUACUAAUGGAGUGUUAACAGAAGUGCUUGACUACGACAGAUUGAAACAGGACAUUUUGGAUGAGAUGAGAAAGGAACUUUCCAGACUGAAGGAUGAGUUAAUUGAUGCAAUCCGAGAGGAGCUUGGCAAGUCAAACUCUUCAUAGAAGUUCCCGAGGCAUACUUUUACCUUCCUGAUACUUAAAAUCUAAUAUGGUAUAACUUAAACGUUAUAAAAGAAGUGAAACAAACAGUUGGAUAUUAACAGUUAUUAUUUGAGGGCAAGUAGAAGCAUACAGCUGGAGUAGGCAAAUGGAUUGAGGGAUUGACUCAGAUGCCCAUAUAAACCUCAGUUUGGCCUGUGGCAAGGACUAGACACGGUCUUUACAAUAAGGGAUUUUUAUCAUGUGAAACUGGAUCUCAAUUUUGUAGACAGCGGGGAAAUAUCUGUAUCUUAACUGAACAACAUACCAGUUAAAAAGUCAUUCAAUGCUGUAAUUCAAACAUAAAGCAUCAUGACUUAGGCAUGAAUGCCUGGAUAUGGCUUGAAUUUGAUGAGAGCAUGUAAGAGGGUCCCUCCCGGGGAUAAAAGGAAGAUUGUUGGACCAAGUCUGUUUUUGGUUUUAAUAAAAGUCUUGCAAUCAUGAUGAAUUGGUUUUAGUCGACUGCUGCUGGACUGUAUAGCUUGUCUUCCUGAAAUACCAUUUUGACUUUUGACAUUGCUAAAACACAAGAUUGUUCAUGUCAUGUAAGUCAGAAAGUACUUCAUGGUCAUAUGAGGUAGCUUAAUUCUAUCAUUUAAGGAUGCUGCUGUGUCUUUACAAGAUAUUUAUGGAUGCUGAACAGCUGAUUUAAUGAAAUUUGACAUUGUAGCUCUUCUUGUUUUGUUUGUGGAUGACCGAUGGAAUAUGUGCAAGGAACAAUGCCUUUCUACCGUAAAUAAUUGUAGCUCUUUAACCAAAAUCAGAGAAAUGGGUUGCGCCAAUAUCAACAAGACCACAUCUGUAGAUAGGGCUCUUGAGAGCUAAUUUUUUUAUCUGAAAAUGUUUUUUUAACUUCUGUCAGACUUAUUAGUGCAUGUCAUAUUUUGUACUGUAAAGGAGCAAUGUAUGCCAUACAAUUAAUGUUGUCAGUUUAAAAGCAAUAAGUGUAGCAUUUAUUUGUUUUGUUUGCUCUUUGUCUGAACCAAUUCGCCUUCAUCAACCAACAUUUGUUUCCUGUUUAUUGUUUUUUUAGGAAGCCCACCCAUUUAGUCAUAAUGAUUUUACAAUGGCAAAAAACAAAUUGCUCUGUACAAUCUACCUUCAUCGUUGUUAUCCAAAAUCGCUCUUUUUUUAAGGACUGCCUCAGUGUAAUACAAGGUAACAGUCAGUUGCAGGCUGCAUGUUUUUAUUUUGUGCCAUUUGUAGUGUUUUUAAUUUUCAACAUGGGUUAUUCAUUUAUCUUUAAUAUUUUGUUGUUUAGUUUGACCUUUAUAUAGCACCUAAAUCAGGCAAGCAUACAUUUGAAUCUUGGUUUGAAUCUCUGGUUUUAUUCAAAUAAAAAAGUAUGGAGCUAGACAUCUGACAUAUUUGAAUCAUAUAUCUUAUUUAAUAAAUCUGAAUUUAUUUGCUGUGAA